CGUUAAUAUUGAGUCCGGACAGAAGAUUUUUCCGCAACCGAGGGAGGAGGGAGAUGACGAGUGAGAUCGCACUUAGCCACUGUUGGGCUGGCGCCGAGAGAUAGAGAGAUGACCAGUGUGGUAGUGCUCGACAAUGGCGGCGGCCUUAUCAAGGCCGGCUUCGGAGGUGACCGCGACCCUGCAGUAGUCGUCCCUAACUGCCUCGGCCGCCCCGCUUCAACCAAGAAAUGGCUUGUCGCCGAUCAACUUCUCGCCAACGACUCCGAUAUCACUUCCGUUUCUCUCCGUCGACCCUUCGACCGCGGCUAUCUCAUCAACCCUGAUCUGCAGAAGGAGAUCUGGGAUCGUGUAGUGCGCACUCUUCUCCGCGCCGACCCCUCCACCUCCUCGCUUCUUCUCGUUGAGCCCCUCUUCAACCCCCCUUCCAUUCAACGCGCCACCGAUGAGGUCGUCUUCGAGGACUUGGGCUUUCAAUCUCUCUUCGUAGCCGACUCCCCCUCUCUCGUGCAUCUCUAUGAAGCAAGCCAACGGCCGGUGGAUGGGUUGGCGGCGACGGCGCAGUGCAGUUUGGUUGUUGAUUGUGGCUUCUCCUUUACCCACGCUGCUCCGGUGGUGCAAAAUUUUACCUUGAACUAUGGUGUGAGGCGGCUGGACCUCGGAGGCAAGGCACUCACGAAUUACCUCAAGGAGCUCGUCUCCUAUCGUUCUAUCAAUCUUAUGGAUGAAACCCUAAUCAUAGACGACGCCAAGGAGAAGCUCUGCUUUGUAUCCCUUGACGUCUUAAACGACCUCCAACUUGCCAGGAAAUCAGGGAAGGACAAUCCUUUCAGAUGCACUUAUGUUCUCCCCGAUGGCAUCACACAUACUAGGGGUUUUGUUAAAGAUCUUGAUGAAGCACACAAAUUCCUCUCGCUAUCUAAUGGAUCCUCUACUACGUUAGGAAUGCAGGUAGAGGAUAGUCAAGCGCAUACAGAGAAAACAGAGGAUAGGAAGAGAAUGGACAUGAAUAAAAGUGAAUUCAGCCUUACAAAUGAACGCUUUCUUGUUCCUGAGAUGAUCUUCUGUCCAGCUGAUUUGGGUAUGAAUCAAGCUGGACUAGCUGAAUGUAUCGUCCGAGCUGUUAAUGCAUGCCAUCCUUAUCUUCAUCCUGUACUCUUUGAGAACAUUAUCUUGACUGGUGGAAGCACAUUGUUUCCUCGACUUGCAGAAAGGCUAGAGAGGGAGUUGCGACCGCUGGUACGCGACGACUGUCGGGGGAAGAUAACCAGGCCGGAAAGCCCCAUUAAAGGUGUUUGGAGAGGUGGAUCAUUGUUGGCAUCUAGCCCUGAUUUUGAAUCAAUGUGUGUAUCCAAGUUGGAAUAUGAAGAGCUUGGGUCCACACGUUGCCGACGGCGGUUUUUCCACUAAUUUAUAUGACAAAUAAUGGAGCGAAUAUUACGUGCGCCGUGCGUACUUACGCCCGACAGUGUGGUACAGGGGGGUCGGGGUGUUAUGCUAUUUUUUUCUUUUACGCUCGUCCCGGAUGUACAUACGGAUGGGCGCAUGUAAUAUUUUUCCCCAAAUACUGAUAUUGAAUUGGAUAUGGUUCCAUGGAUGGUAUCUGA